AACACAACAUGCAGUCAAUAAAAAUAAUGGGAAAUCAUAAAAUAAUUUUCUAUAAUUCAAAAUUUUUGUCAAAGUUUUACACUGUAAUUUUAAAUAAGCUUUCUUAAGUUAGCUACUCGUAUAAGGAAAGCAUUUUGAAAUGGUGUUAUUAUAUAUGGCAGUUUCUGAAUCAUGCAUUUCACGAAUUGGGUUUCUCUUGUCUUUCUUGUUUUUGCUAUCUUGCUCUUCUAUAGCUACCAAACCCCCCUCUUUUUUUCUUCCAAGAACAUGGCUCAAGAGUCUCCCAAGUCUAUCUAUGAUUUCACUGUCAAGGAUAUUCGGGGAAAUGACGUAAGUCUGAGCGAACACAGCGGGAAGGUUCUCCUGAUUGUGAAUGUUGCUUCCAAAUGUGGUUUCACGCAAUCAAACUACAAGGAAUUGAAUGUCUUGUAUGAAAAGUACAAAAACCAAGGUUUUGAGAUCCUGGCAUUUCCUUGCAACCAGUUUGCUGGACAAGAACCAGGAAGCAAUGAGGAGAUUCAAGAAGUUGCAUGCACAAUGUUCAAAGCUGAAUUCCCAAUCUUUGAUAAGAUCGAGGUAAAUGGGAAGAAUACAGCGCCCCUCUACAAGUACCUAAAAUCAGAAAAAGGUGGAUUUUUUGUAGAUGCCAUCAAGUGGAAUUUCACAAAAUUUUUAGUGAACAAGGAGGGAAAGGUUGUGGAGCGAUAUGCUCCGACUACAUCACCCCUUAAAAUUGAGAAAGACAUACAGAAUCUGUUGGGAUCUUCUUAGAGACCAAGAUUGAGAUCUUUCAUGGUAGAGAAUAGCUAUAUAUUUCAGUGUGUAAUCUAUAUGUUUGGUGGAUUUGUAUCACAAGUUCAUAUGAUCAUGUUGCCUGAAUUAUCAGAAUGCACAUCUGUACUUUUAUCAUCAAUAAGAUGACUUGUAUACUUACAGAUGAUUGUCUAGA